CGUGAGUGCUAUUUCCCUAAGCGGCUGAAUAUGGAGGGAAACCCAAAACUCAACUUCCUAAAAAAUUCAAUUAACCAAAUAUUUCCCCCAACAACACAACUCCACCUUAAACAACAAUUCCCAAUUCUUAAAAAUCUCAAAAAGAACCAUAUUGCCACCCAACAUAGCGCCAAACUCAAAAAUUUCCCUCAAAAAAAUGAAAAUGGCAUCCAUGUAUAUAUACACACAACAAUCUCCCUUUCCAUUCCUCACCCACCCCACCCCACCCCACUCUUACCCCCCACCCACAUCCAAGAGAGUAAGAAGCAAUGGCAGAUCAAGAAAACAGUGUAAGAGUAACAAGGCUGGCCAAGAAAAGGGCAGCAGAAGCAAUGGUGCAACACUUACAACAACCCAACAAGAAGAGAGUUGUAUUGGGUGAACUUCAAGAUUUAUCCAAUGUGGGUGUCAAUCAAAGUAAACGGAUUACUACUAAGAGGAAAGUGAAAAGAUGUGUCGUUGAAAAAGGAAAGGAAGUUGAUGUUGAUGAUGGUAAAUUGGAUGAUGACCCACAGAUGUGUAGCGCUUAUGCUCAUGAUAUUUUUGACUAUCUUAGUCAAAUGGAGAUUGAGAAAAAGAGAAGACCAUUGCCUGAUUACCUUGAGAAGGUUCAGAAGGAUGUGAAUGCAAAUAUGAGAGGGGUGUUGGUUGACUGGCUGGUGGAAGUUGCAGAGGAAUACAAGCUUCUUCCGGACACAUUAUAUCUUACCGUUUCUCACAUUGACAGAUUCUUAUCACUGAAUCUCAUCCCUAGGCAAAGACUUCAGCUUUUGGGUGUUUCUUGUAUGCUUAUCGCUGCGAAGUAUGAGGAAAUCAAGCCUCCACAUGUCAAGGAUUUUUGUUACAUUACAGCCAAUACAUAUAUGAAGAAAGAUGUCGUGAAGAUGGAAGCUAGUGUGCUACAAUCACUCAAAUUUGAAAUGGGUACUCCCACAACCAAAACAUUUCUCCGACGAUUAGCUAGAGUUGCUCAAGAAGAUAGUAAAAACCCCGAUUUGCAGUUAGAGUUUCUAGGCUACUACCUAGCUGAGUUAAGUUUAUUGGAUUACAACUGUGUGAGAUUCUUGCCUUCUUUGGUUGCUGCUGCUGUGAUAUUCCUUUCAAGGUUCACAUUACAACCAAAGUCACAUCCUUGGAGUCUGGCCCUUCGACAUUGCUCUGGAUAUAAAGCAGCAGAUCUAAAGGAAUGUGUUCUUAUCAUACAUGAUCUGCAAUUAAGCAGAAGAGGAGCUACUUUGGUAGCUGUGAGGGACAAAUACAAGCUGCAUAAGUUCAAAUGUGUUUCAACGUUGUUUUCUCCUCAAGAAAUACCGGAUUCUUUCUUUGAAGAUACUACAUAAUUGUAUCUCGGGUAUAUGCUUGGAAAUCGGUAUGGCACAUUAUGAUGAUACUUGGAAGAGGUGAACUGCCUUCUUGGUGCUGGCUCAUGCUGCUUUGAGGACAUCAUUGUAGUAGAUUUGGUAUAAUCCUCAUGAUGUAUGAAACUUAUACACAUAGCUAAAUAAAAUAAUUUUGAAAUGUCUUUGCAUUUUUGUACUAUGUCACAUCUUGUAAUAAGCUGGAAACAACUUCAGAAUACUAUAUGAAAAUUUGUGAAUGUAUACAGUAUUUAUUACCUUCAU